ACCUCAGCAACUCAACUUCUUUCUGACGAUAAUUUAUACUCUACCUGUCAAAGUUUGAAGUACGAAUAUGAUAUAUAAAAACAUGGAUUACGUUGUUUAAUUACAAAACAAUUUACUCUUUAGUGACAUAUUCUACGUAGUUUAUCUAUUAAAAGCUUCACAAUGUUUGAACUGCCAACAGAAUUGACCGCUAAGCCUUUAGCUCUAAUAGGUUUAACUGGAUUAGAUAUUAUGAAUCCAGUACAUCGCUCUAUUUGGGAUGCAUUUAGCAAUAAUCGUAGACCGGAUUGUGCAGCUGUUCAGUUUAAACUACUUAGUUUAUCACAUGAAUUUCCUACUGUUAAACCAAAGCGCAGUUCAUAUGAAUGGUAUAUACCUAAAGGGAUCUUAAAAAGAAAUUGGAUGAAUAAAUAUCUCAAUGAUAUUCCUUCUGUAGUUGUUGUAUUCUAUGACUUGGAUUGGAAUGAUCCUUUAUGGAAUGAGAAAAAGAUGGAGUGUGCCUCUAGAGUACAAUCUUUAAGAGCUGCCCUUGAUGGAAGAAGUACAAAGAUAGCUGUAGUAUUGAUACAACAUGCUCUUCAACCGCUUCCUGGUGCUGAGGAUGUGGUUGCAACUGAACGUGCAACAGCAUUAUGUGGAGCUUGUGAUUUAACCGCAAAGUUUUUGUAUAUUCUACCACAUGCUGAUCAUUUAUUGGGAUAUAUAUCUAGAUUAGAGACAGCAUUCUAUGAUUUGGCACAAAAUUUUUAUUAUCAUGAAUAUCGGAAUGUUAAAAGUCAUCGUGAUCAACUCACUAAAAAUGUUCAUCAGUAUUUGUUUGUUCGUCAUCAAUUCAAAAUGGCAUUCUUGAACGAACUCAAGCAGGAAUUGCAUCUUGCUCAAAAGCAUUACAUGCAAGCUUAUCACAAUUUACUAGAAACAAGAAUGACAGAUGCAAAUGCAGUAGAAAUAAAAACUAUUGCUGGAUUUAUAAAUUAUAAGUUAUGCAGAAUAAUGUUUAGCUUAAAUCUUCCGAAAGAUGCCAUUUCUCAGUUUAGACUUCAUACAGAAAGAUUUAAGCUAAAAACUGGUCCAAAAGAGCUUAUGUUUGAACAUCAUGCUUGGAUGAGUAGCCAAUUUUCUACAUUUGCGGAAUUAUUUGAUGAAGCCAUUCGUCAAGGAUUACCUGCUGUUCAAACGCAACAUCCAGGAUAUUAUUUCCAACUAGCUGCCAAUCAUGCAAGUCUACGACAAUCUGCAUGUAAAGAACUCUGCCAAGAUGUAAAUAGUUAUCCAGAUCCAGAUCCAUUAUUAGGUGAAGAAAAACUUGAGUUUUAUGGGCAACGACCGUGGCGGCCGGGAAAACUAAGCGCAGAACCUGCAGACACAGCCAGAGAAGUUAUUGGUAUACAGGCUUUACAAUACAGAGAGAAAACUACAGUUAAUCAUUCUAUGAUAAUUAUAGGCUUGUUAGGAAACGCAAUAUCGCAAUUUAAAGUGUACCGUUGUCCAAGAAUGCGCCGAUUACUGGUUGUGCAAAUGGCAGAAGAGUACUUCAAUGCUCGAGAUUAUGGCAAAGUUCUUACAUUAUUGAUGCACAUGUUGUGGGAAUAUCACGGAGAACGAUGGCCGGUCUUACUCACAGAUAUCUUGAAAAAUGCGCUGCGCGCCGCAUAUCUAUCCACCAAUAUUCAAGAUUAUCUCACUUUGGUUCUCGAAGCUUUAGGACCUUCAACUACAUUCUCAAAGGAACAGCAAACUGUUAUUUAUAAUAAUAUUAUGAAUAUACUACAGAAAAAACCACCGAAUCCAGAAUCAGACUUGCCAGAAGACAUUAAGCAUCUUGCAAUGGAAAAAUGGAUAUUAGAACUAAGUCGCUCAGAGCCAAAUAUUUUUACAAUUGAUGACAAUAAUAUGACAUCGUUUGUCGAUGUUAAAGCACGAUUUUUACAGCAAACAUAUGCAGUAAAUACAAUGAUAACAGUUGAAGUUAUAAUAAGAAAUUCUUACGGCGGUAUCAUCGAAUUCUCUAACGUAUCGAUAACAGUUAAUGGUCCAGGUUACAAUACUGAAAUCCCAGUUAUUGACGUUCAACAAUCCGAUCUUAUUUUUCAAGCAAAAGAAACAAAAAAAUUUUACUUCAAUUUUAAAGCGCCUCAUCAAAAUGAUGGUGCAGAAAUUCGUAUUAGCACAGUCUCGUUGCAAAUGGGUGAUAGUGCGCGCUGUUGUAUUAUACUGAGAUUCUCAGCUAUAGGUAGAGAAACGAAUCUACUGGAUCGUUUGUAUCCCGAAAUACAACAACUUCGUGGAGGCGAAUUUGAAGCAAUAAGACCGUUAAUUCAUGCGGAAAUUAAGCAGGAAGAAUCGAGUUUAAAUCUGAGCGCAGAAUCGAAUAAUCCUGCGCUUUUAGGCGAGUGGCUACCCAUUACAAUAUCUUUAUCAGCUAACAAGAAUGUUAACGCAAUAUGUUUACAUGUAAUACUCGUAUCAGAGAGUAAUAAUGAACAAUCGACUGAACUAAGCAUAAACAUGCUUAGUAAGGAGUCAAAAGUAUCAACUUUUCUUGGUGAUAUGGCAAAAGAUUCAUCAAUCAAACAAAUUGUAUACAUUAGAGCACAUAAAAUAGGCGAUAGAAAUAUUAUAAUAAAGGCAGACUACUGUAGACCUGAACAAAUUAAAGGGAGUAAAGAAUUAUUGUAUUCGUUGGCAGUUAAGAAGCCAUUUGAAGUUGCAACACAAUUUUACACUACAUUAUUUGAACCAUUAACAAAGGGAUUUGUUAAUGAACCUUUUAUUAUUAUGCCUCAUAUUACAUGCAUUUCUCCAUGGCCUAUAAACAUUCUAAGCACAUCUAUAGAAUUGGCGGACUCUAUUCAAGCAGAGAUCAAUCUCGACAAUCAGAAGUCCAUUUUAGCAAAUAUCAAACUCUGCGAUGGUGAAACUGGAACCGAUACCUAUUGCUUGAUUCCAAAGACAAGUGGUGAACAGCCUAUUAGUAUUGGAAUAUAUACUAUUAAAUGGAAAAGAGCAAAUGAUGAAACCGCGCUAGAAACUAGCAGUAGCGUAACUCUAACUCCUUUACGAGUCGAAGAUGCGGUGAUCGGAUUAGAAGCCAAAAUGCCAGCUCAUGGGUGGGUUCGCACACCGUUUUGUAUUUCUUAUUUUAUAAAAAACCAUUCCGAUUAUCUCAUUACUUUGCGCUUGGCUAUGGAAGGCAGCGAUGCCUUUAUGUUUGCUGGACAAAAACAAAUUAAUAUUUACAUAUCGCCUAGAAAUGUUCGAAAAGUGGAUUGGGUCUUACGACCCUUAGUCGCUGGAUUUGUUGCUCUUCCAACAUUAUCACUGACUGCACCUGCAGACGAGGAACACAAAUUGGGCAAAGGACGAUUAUCAGAAGUGGUUGAACGUUCAUUGCCGAGUCAUAUAUAUAUAUUGGUAAGUGACAAUAACAUAACAAAAAAUUACUUUAUCAUGAUAUUAUAUUAAUAUACAUAUAUAUGAUAUUCUUGCAGCCGAAAUCGCAAUCUGUAGGAGAAUGAGCGAAUUCGGUACUGGAAUCUUUUUUUUUUUAAAGAAACAUAUUUUUUCAAUAAAACUGCAUUAUAAAAUUAAGCAUACAUUUUGAGAGAGAUAAGAUGACAUAUAUUACAUUUAUUAGAGCAUUGAUUAUAUAUCUGUUGAAUAUAUAAUUUAUUUAAGCUACUUUAUUUAACUUUAAAUAUACUAAAUUUUAUAAGAGAUUAAAAUAUUGUAGAUUUUUAACAAAUACUAUUAAAUGGAAGCGAUAAUGCGUUAUAAUUCAUACAUAUAUAGAUAUCGAUCGCUUUUACGUGCGUUACGUUGCCGUAGUUACCAAUCUACGAUACAUGAUACAUCCAAUAAUAUAAAUGCAUGAAAUAGCUCCUUUCUGUUUUUUAUUUCCUCUAAUUUUAUAAUUAAAAAUAUUAGUUAUUAGUGAGGAUGGAUAAUUUUAUUCGCGUAUAUAGAGAGUCAUAAUGAUUCCAUGAAAUGGCAAGAAAUAGCGGUAUUGAUAUUAAAAGUGUCUUUGACGAAUACCUGCAAAAAGAACAACAAUUUGAACAAGAAAUAGAAGAACGGUAUUUAUAUCUUGAAAUCUAAUAUUUGCUAAUAUGUUAUAUAGAUAACACAUAUGCAUGUGUGUACUUUUUCACAAAAGUAACAUUAUUUUUUAUUUUACAUUGCAGUAAUAAAUUGCGUCGCGAGAUUCAUAAUAAGGAUGUCUCCAGAAUUUCUAACUCGUCGUCGACAAAUCUUAUAAAUUUGGAAAAAUCUCGUAUUCGUAAUCAGACUCUUCUAAAGGUUUGCUAUAGUAUAUGUAUUUUAUGGAAAAAAAUUCUUUGUGUGUGUGAGAAAAUUAUUUGUAACACAAUUUUAAAUUUACAUAGAGUUUAUAAAAAAUGCAUAUAAAAAGUGUAUCAGAUAUACUCAGCUCAAAUCAUUUACAAUCUAAUAAUUUUACUAAUAAAUUACUAAACUAUUACUCAGUAGCUACUUAUUGUUACAUUAGCCGAAAUUGAAAGUUUAUCGUAAUUUAAAAAUAUUUGUGAGCAUGUGCUAUCAUUGAAUGUUAAAAUACAUUUUUUAAUUUAAAGACAUAUUAUGAAGCAUUGUUGUUUUAUGACAGGAUUUGGAGAUGUCUAGAGCACGUCUGAGAACUUACGCGUCUUACACACCUACCGAUGCGGAACUACAACAGAUUUCAUCGAUUUAUCGGAAUCAUCUUCGUAGAAAUACGGAAUCUUGAUGAGCUCAUUAUUUUCAUAUAGUCGAUGCCCGGUGAUCUAUGAUUCAAUCUGAUAACUCGAGCCGAACGAACAAACUUGCAAAUUAAAAGUUUGUUGAUCGUUGGGAUCGAUGAAUCAGAUUGAUCAUUAAGUAUUUAUCCAUUUGUAGCGACUGCGAACAUGUGCUUCAAACAGAACAAGAGAAUUGAUGCGUGAGCAUAAUUAUUAAUGUCGCAAAUUCAAAUCUUCAGUCUAUACUUUUGCACUUCUUUCGAUUCGAGUUACCGCAAACAGCUACUACUUUUACGUAAAAAUGCGACAAAUAAAAUAAACAUAUAUUGUAACAAUUUGUCUGCAUUUACGCAAAUCGAUAAUAUUAUCAUUAUUCGCGAAUAAUUAUUAUAUCACAUGCGAUACAAACUACAUCCCUAAUAUUGUAAUAAUGUCGACAAUGUAUUCGAUUUUACACGAACGUGAUCGUGAACAGUUGAUUUUUUGCUUUCCAACAAAAUACGAACUGCAAACUGAACGAAUCUAAUUUGCACUAUAAUCUAUUCGUUCAAAGGUCUCACAAGAGACCCAUUUACAUAGGCAAUGCGUUACUUUUUAAAAGAUUGCGUGAUGAUUAUCCGAAAGCUUACCAUAUGAUAUCUUGAUAGGUCUUUUCAUUUGGCACCGCGCGAGAGAGCUUCUCGAGGAAUUAUGCGUAAGGGAAAUGCGUAGACAAGUGGCGAACGGUUUCCACCUGUCUUUAUGCAUACUAUAUUCAUAUUUAUUUUCUAUGUGUGACCGCGCGCUAUCAUUGCAGAUAAUUACCGGCGCACACAACGUGCACACACACGAUAGGACGACCAUGUAUUCAAUAGCUGCCCGAUAAGAAGCUGCUCAGGCCAAUAAUUUGUCGGGAAGUUGUAUAUAUUUUACAACAUCUUUUUGUCUUUUAUAUACGACGCGAAUCUAGUCUUGACCUUCAUAGACUAUUUAUUUUACCAGCGUGACUUUUUGACCGUUAAAUUUGUUGGUAGAUUUUACGAUUUUAGAUUCGGAACAGAGUUUGCUACUACGUGCUUUAUUGUUGACCUCGUAUUCGUACAAAACUUUUCGAACUAAAAAAAGUGCGCAAUUUAUGCAAAUUAGCUGCAUGUGCUUUACUUACCUUAUUCUUACGCAAAAUAUAUUAGAAAGGAAUAUUAAAAAUUUGUGCGAACGACAUGUAUAUGAAUGUUCUAUGCACAGCAGAAAAUUUAGAAGGACUGAGAGCCACACGUGAAAUGAGACAAGGUAUAAUUUUGUAUUUCUACGUGGCAUAGCAGCUGAAUAAACGAAAUAACGUUCUGACUUUUUACUUUGACCAUCCGCUUGCAAACAUCUGUAUCAACAGCCUCAUUAUCUUGAGGGAUACUAUCUCUUUUAUAUAAUUUGGUCAGGACCCCGCUCAACAUUCUCUGCGAAUGUAUCCAUAAAUUGAAAUCGAAAUUUUCGUAUAAAUUUGUGAUUUUGCAUAUGAUGUAUCGCAAAAAUAUAUUUCGCAGCUCUCAUAUUUUAUGACACAUUAAAUUUAUCUAUCUAGAACAUUGUAGAUCACGCCUUUAAACUAUUGAAGAAGUUUGUUUUAUGGGAUUGAUAGAGAAUAUCGCGUUUCACUACAUUUAUUAUUUAUCCAGUUGCAUAAGCUUAGUAUAGCAUACAAGUUUGUUGCAUUUGUCUACUUAACUAUUGGGCAUUGAUGCGUUAUCGCUAUCGCUGUCGUUCACUGAAUAAUAAAUGCGUGUAUCAUUGAAAUGUUUCUUGCAUGCCCUUAUAUGUAGACUAAAUGAGAUACUUAUUCAUAUUAAUUUUUUAAUUUUUAUUGAUAGGAAAAACUUACAUUAAUAAUACAGAUUUCCUAUUACAUACGGAAAAAGAACAAAAAGGAAAAAAAAAACAUAAAUAAAAGGAAUAUCACGAAUGUGCUUUCUUAAUUGAUUAUAAAAAUGAUUUAACAGCUAUAGUUUAUCAUAUUUCGUUUUCAAAUAAUUAAAUUUUUACUCAACACUU